CAGCCUUCGAGGGUGUGAUUGCCACAACGCGAGCGAGAUGAACGCGUUCGAGUUCUUGGGGUCGCUUCCUGGCGGCAGCGUGGAUCGAUUGUACCAGGAUGCGUGGGCUUGUCAAGCUGUCUUCCAGAGCUUGAGCCCCCUGGCCCAGCAGAUCGUGAUGCGGCUCCUGUUUUCGAACCAUGCAACGUACGCCCACGACGCCAUUCUCCAUUGGGUCCAAGACGCAGCCCAGGACAAAAUGACCGCGGCGAUUGAGAAGCUGCGACAUCUGCGAGUCCUACGCGUUGUUCAGGGCAGCCUCGACUACGUCUUGAAUCCCGUUUUCCAAGAGCAGCUAAAGAAAGCGCUGAGUUCGCUGGGUGGGAGUCCAUGGGAGGCAGGACGCAGCAAACUGCCGGCAGAGAAACCCAUUCCCGCGGUUGAACUCGAGCUGUAUGCACGAAAGCGAUGGGAUUCCGUGUUGCAUUUCAUGGUUGGAUCGACAGCCGUGGCGGCGCCUCCCGCGACGGUGAUUGGAAUUUUAGAGCACACAAAACUGAUGCAGCCGUCCAAGUCGGACUCUCGAGCGCUCCACAUCACCGACACGGGAUACGAGUUUAUGCUCAAGGACAUCCAUGCCCAGACAUGGAUUUUCGUUCUCGAGUACAUGAAAGACAUUGAUCGCAAGGGCAUCUUGCCGGCGGACGAGAUGCUCCAGUUUUUGUUUCAAAUGAGCUACUGCCGCAUGAACGAGUACUACGCCGUGGCCGACUUGACGAGGAACCAGCAGCAGUUGCUCGGCGAUCUGGUCGAGCUUGGGCUCCUCUAUCGUCGAGGAGCGAAAGCGACAAGAUUCUACACGACGAGCCUUGCCGUCAACCUGAUCUUCGGAGGCAUGCUGGGCCAGACGCGCGCCAACAUGACCAUGUCCCAGGGCCUGGACCACAUCACCAACUACGCCGCCGACCCGUCCAAGUCGAGACUGCCGAGUGCUAGCCCAGCUCGCGCAGACUCGAGUUUGCUGAUUGUGGUCGAGACCAACUUCAAGGUGUACGCAUACACGCAGUCGUCGCUGCACAUUGCGAUGCUCAGUGUGUUUGUCGACAUUGUGGUACUGGCGGCGGACGACGUGGGAUGUGUGAUGCAAGGUAUCGUAGGCGCGGCUCCCGAAUCUGGCCGUGGGGUUUUUGACGCGAGAAAGCAUCCGGUCGGCGCUCUCGAAUGGGAUCUCGGCCGAACAGAUCUACGACUUCCUCAUGCAGCACGCCCAUCCCAAGAUGCUCGGCAACUCGCCCGUGAUCCCAGAGAACAUUGCCGAUCAAUUGUAUCUGUGGCAGCGCGAGCGCAACCGCAUCAAGUUUGAGCCAGGCGAGCUUGUCGACGUCGCGAACGAGGAUUUCGACGCGGUCGUCAAGCACGCAGAAGACAUGGGCGUUCUUCUUUGGCACGAUGCCAUGCACUUGCGCCUGGUUGUGACCAAAGCCGGCGGCGACGCUGUUCGUGCAUUUAUACGAAAUCAAUGAAAGCGGUGAAAGUGCCAACUCUGGCCAAGGUCGACGGAAGUCCUGCUCACAACGCAGCGGCCCGUAGAGCUAUUGGGUUUCGCCGUCAAACAUGGAGGCCAGUGCACCGUCCCAAAGGACAUCGUUGUCGUCGGUGAAAACGUUGAGCACGUCGUGGCGAAGCGCGAGGGGAGAUGGAUCGUUGGUCUCGAGCAGGGCCUUGACUUGAGGCGUCAAUGCAUUGGUGGCGCAUCUACUUCAAAGUGAGGCAAAAUGACCACGACUUGGUACCGAAGACGAUCGGCAGCGGACAGCGCCGGCCAGCCAACAGACGAGCUGGCCGCGGCGUCGUUGUACUGGCCCAGCAGCCAACGCACACAAUUGGCAUGACCACAUAACUAGUCAUGACGUGGAUAAGCUCGAGGUCCACUGGUCUGGCACAACACUGGCGUAGUAGAGUGGCAGGUUUCCAAACGCGUCCACGUCGUGCCACGCAGCUGGAUUCAUCUGGACCGCUGCGAUAGCUGCAUCGAGGUUCCCCGUCUUGCAAGCUGCAUGCAUGCUAUGCCGUGGGACGUCCUUGCAGAGAACGGAUGGAGCAAAGUAGUCGAUCAGGUGCCGGACAUCGUGGACGUCCUGCCGCAUGCACACGGCUUAACCAAAUGAAUGCGCAUGGUCGUUACCGCAGGGGCAUGGUAUUCGCAUCCAAGGGCGUGCAGCGCUUCACGAACUUGGUCGAGAGUGCACGACGACGGCAGGAUGCAGUACUGUCGGAGGACUUCUGCGACGGCUGCAGUUGAAAUGGCCAAACUCGCAUCACCAAACGCCAGGGCCAGCUGCGUCGUGAGCGAAACGUGUGCAUGUUGGUUGUGCCAUCGUAUCAGCGCGCGCCGGCGGUGGUUGGCAUGCGCUGACGCACCUGCCCCCAUGACAUGGAGUUGGCACUUGCGUGUAAUGGGCAAGCGC